AUGUCCAGCCUAGCAACAGACCAAGUUACUCGGGUGAAUUCCAAGUGGGUACUACGCAGUGGGGACGUGUCCGAAGCCUACAUCAAGCACUUAAUAACCACACUUCCUUCCACGUGUCUGUACAACCGGGAGGGGGCGCUGCUAGGAUACGCCCUCACCUAUCACUACGGGUGUCUGGGGGUGCUGUACGUGCUGGAAGAACACCGAGGCAAUGGGUACGGAAAGGUUGCCAUGUCCCAGCUCGCUCUAAAACAUCUGCAGAAAAAGAAAGAGGUGUUUGUCAUGAUACAAUGUGUCAAUGUAGCGUCUAUCAAGAUGCACGAAGCCAUUGGGUUUGAGGGCAGCAGGCAGGUGACAACGUCCACAUCCUGGUUCUCAUGGAGCCUGACACUAAGCUCAAUGGGCCCUAUACAGCUGAUGUUUCUGGUUGUUGCACAUUUGUCCAAAGAAGAGCAGCUUCUUCUCAUCAAUGUGCGACUCUAG